AUGAAAGAGAAUGAGAAAGAGACUGAAGACCUGAGUGAAGCAGAGGAGAAACAUCAUCAUAUCAAAUCUUUGAGUCACUCACAGACUGAGAACAUUUUUUCCCUGAAAAGAUCCAAAAAAUCUUUCACUUGCCUUCAGUGUGGGAAGAGUUUCAGACAUAAAGGACACCUUAAUGAUCACAUGAAAAUUCACACUGGAGAGAAACCACACACAUGUGAUCAGUGUGGAAAGAGUUUCAGACAUAAAAGAAACCUUAAUGAUCACAUGAAAAUCCACACUGGAGAAAAGCUGCACACAUGUCAUCAGUGCGGGAAGAGUUUCCCAUACAAACCGAGCCUUAAACUUCACAUGAGAUUUCAUAGUGGAGAGAAGCCUCACACAUGUGAUCAAUGUGGGAAGAGUUUCACACAGAAAGCACACCUUGAUUAUCACAUGAGAAUCCACACUGGAGAAAAGCCACACACAUGUGAUCAGUGCGGGAAGAGUUUUGCACAUGUUAGGUCUUUUAAAUCACAUGUGCUCUCUCAUUCUGGAGAAAGACCAUAUAACUGUGAUCAGUGUGGUAAAAACUUUUCUUGGGCAAAAUCCCUGAAGAACCACCUGAAAGUUCAUUCAGAGGUGAAGCCUCACCUGUGUUCUUUGUGUGGAAAGAGUUUUAGUCAGCUGGGUCUUUUAACACAACACCAGAAAAGACACAGCGGUGUGAAGAAUCAUUUGUGCUUUUAUUGUGGGAAGACCUUUAUUAGAGCUGAUGAAUUGAAACAGCACCAGAGGAUCCACACUGAAGAAAAACCUUACAAGUGUUCACACUGUGACAAGAGCUUCAAUCAGUCAGGAACCUUGAAAGCACACGAGAGAAUCCACACUGGAGAGAAGCUGUAUCACUGCCAUCCAUGUGGGAAGAGAUUCACUCAUUGUAAGUCUCUGCUGAGUCAUAAAAAAAUCAAAUGUCUGAAAUCAUGUCUAAAUGAAUCGAAAGAUCCAGCUCUUUCAAGUGCAAUGCUGCAUCUUCACCAAAUGUGAUAAUUUUGCUUCAUGAUUUUAAUAAUCAUUGUGCUUUAUUAUGAAUUGUUUGUAUUAUAUUACAACAAUUAAGUUUUGUUUUUUUGUUUUUUACAUGUACAUGUUUCUGUGCUUGCAUGUCUAGUUCGGGAAGCUAAAAAGAGUCAACACUUUUUAGUGGGACAUCUGGUAUUUAUUUUUAAUUUUGUCUUCAUUGUUGUGCUUAGAACAUCUUUACUCCACCAUUUAUGACAUAUUUAAUAAAUGCAGAUGUCAAAGUAUCAUGUAGCUUUUCAUCUGCAGCUUAUUUGCUUCU